AUGUCUUACUAUGAUGGAGGUUACGAGAAGCAGACGGAGCGGUCGAGAUGGACGCCACUCACGAGGAUGCUGUUGUCCGGAGAGAUGACACAGGAGAGGCAAAAGGCUCUGUCAGGCAAAGAGAAGUUCGAUCGAUGGAUGAUCAACGAGGGCUACCGAAGAGUGUUUGUGGUCGUCUUUAUGGCACUACACGGAUUGAUUUUCGCCUUCGGUUUCGUCAAUUACGCAGUCAAAGACAACCUGCAAGUAGCGCGGAGUACAUUUGGACCAACUUACAUGAUUGCUAGAUCCGCCGCGUUGGUUCUCCAUUUCGAUGUGGCUAUGAUUCUGUUCCCCGUCUGCAGGACGUUCAUUUCUUUGGCCAGACAGACACCGCUCAAUGGCAUCGUCCAGUUCGACAAGAACAUUACAUUCCACAUCACGACGGCCUGGUCGAUUGUCUUCUGGUCCUGGGUGCACACGAUUGCUCACUGGAACAACUUUGCUCAGAUUGCCGCCAAGAACAAUCUCGGAAUUUAUGGCUGGCUGCUGGCCAACUUUGUGUCGGGACCGGGCUGGACAGGUUAUGUGAUGUUGAUUGCGUUGAUGGGAAUGGUCAUUACCUCGGUUGAGAAGCCACGACGUGCCAACUACGAGCGAUUCUGGUACACCCACCACAUGUUCAUCGUCUUCUUUUUGUUCUGGGCCAUGCACGGAGCGUUCUGCAUGAUUCAACCCGACUUCGCCCCGUUCUGUAUCUCUGUCGGUACCCAGGCUGUCGGUGUCUUCUGGCAGUACUGGAUGUAUGGAGGCUUCGUCUACUUGGCUGAGCGUGUGGCUCGUGAGAUGCGUGGCCGCCACAAGACCUACAUCUCAAAGGUCGUUCAGCACCCCAGCAAUGUCUGUGAGAUUCAGAUCAAGAAGGAGCACACCAAGACCCGAGCGGGACAGUACAUCUUCUUCAACUGCCCGGAGGUCUCCAUCUGGCAAUAUCACCCGUUCACGCUGACCAGUGCGCCCGAGGAGGAUUACAUCUCCAUCCACAUGCGUGUGGUUGGUGACUUCACCCGGGCAGUUUCGAAAGCUUUGGGCUGCGAGUGGGACAAAAAAGCUGGAGGCUCUGCGGUGGUUGGCGUCAACAACGAGAACAACGAUGUCGAUCCCGCCCUGCGACGAGUGCUCCCCCGAGUCUACGUUGACGGUCCCUUCGGCUCCGCUUCCGAGGACGUGUUCAAGUAUGAGAUCUCGAUCCUGUGUGGUGCUGGUAUCGGUGUGACACCCUUCGCAUCUAUCCUGAAAUCCAUUUGGUACCGAAUGAACUACCCGCAGAAGAAGACACGGCUCACAAAGGUCUACUUCUUCUGGAUCUGCAGAGAUUUCGGAUCAUUCGAAUGGUUCCGCUCGCUGCUGCUCGCCAUCGAGGCUCAGGACGUCGACAACCGUAUCGAGAUUCACACCUACUUGACUGCUAAGAUCAAAGCUGAUGACGCAACGAAUAUCAUGAUCAACGACGCCAACGCCGACAAGGACGCCAUCACUGGUCUCCGUGCGCCGACCAACUUUGGCAGACCCAACUGGGAUAUGAUCUUCCGUGGUAUCAGGAAAUUACACACGCCGGCCGAGGCGGGUGUCUUCUUCUGCGGUCCGAAGGGUCUUGGUAGCACGCUGCAUAUCUUCUGCAACAAGUACAGUGAGCCUGGCUUCUCAUUCGUGUGGGGUAAAGAGAACUUCUAA